AUGGAGAGAAAUGCCAUAUCGUUGCGCCUCGCUGGUGUCGAUGAGUUACUGCAAAGCGACUCACAGGAUGACGCUGAACUGGCGCUCCUUGAGCUAUGGGAUAUGCUGAAAGAGGAUGGAGCUGAUGAAGAGCGAGUAAGCGACAUUAUACCACAUGUCCUGUUACGAGUAGGCGGUGAGCAGGAGUGCUACGACUUCAUAAAGUGGUGGGUUUUCCAUGGUUCGAAACCACGCACCGAUAAGCGCAAUUCGCCAUUCUUCAACACCAAGGGAGCCAAUCCCUGCGAAUCCCCUCGUGCAUUACUACAGAAAGAUCUAAGUCUUAGCCAUCUCGUUGCGCUCACACUUCUUAAACUGCGACCUUUUCUCGACCUGGAAGCUAUUUCCAGUGCCUUGUUUGACAAUGCUUUUGGAUUCGACGGCACUAUUGACUCUAUCGAUCGACCUCUCGGAGAAGUUGCAGAAGACAUUUUCGAAUCAUCCAACUCAAGCAGAGUUGAGAAGCUAGCCAGAGACAUCCAAAAACAGUAUCUUGACCUGUGUGAGCGGGUAAAUACUGCGAACCCCUACUUCUGGGAAGGCCUUGCCACUGAAGAGCUGCCCUCUGCUUUUGGGCCUCAUGAACCCGGGACUCUUGACGAGGCGGGGCUCGUUCUGCACCACUGUCGACGGGCAUGGGAAGAAAGCGAAGAUGCUCUGGUCAUGGCUGAAGCUGAUACCGGGCGUUAUAUCCGUGCUUAUGAAGGAUCCAAACCGGUGGGAAACCCAGUAUCAUUGGAAAGACGACGUGGGACUGGAAUUGCUUUUCCGUCCAAGAUCGAAUAUGCUGGAACAACUGACUUUGUGGAACAAGUCAGUGUUGACCACUCGUCAGGUCGCGCAGUCUUUGGGGAUAAAGGGAGAUUAUUGCUCUACACUGAUGGUGCUUGUCUAAACAAUGGGAAUCAUGAUCCCCGUGGAGGCUGGGCCGUAUAUUUUGGGAUGGCUACUCGGGCAGGUGUCGUUAAUUCUGCAUCAGGUCGUCUGGAGAACCAAGGUCCAUUCGGAGAUCACAGCAUUGCUACUAGUAACCGAGCCGAGUUACGUGCGGCGAUUGCAGCACUCCGCCUUAACGAUUGGAAACAAGAAGGCUAUCACACGAUCGUCAUUGCCACUGACUCAACCUACGUACUCGAUGGUGCCACAGCCUGGACCAAGGGAUGGGUACGUAACGGAUGGAAGCUACAAAGAGGCGACAAUGUCAAGAACAGAGAUCUGUGGGAAAUGCUACUUGGAGAAGUGGAAAGAUGGAAGAGUCAGGGUGUAGAUGUUUGUCUAUUGAAAAUUCCAAGGGGAAGCAAUGGAAACGCAGAUUAUACUGCAAAAGAAGCUGCUCGCACGAUGCCGGACACCGUUCAGUUCACUGAUGUCACAUUGGGCUCUAUCCAGGCUCCUUCAACGAAUCAUGAGCUUCAACCAUAUGUACUCGCUAUUUGCUUGGCAGGCGAACCUAUGUUUCAAGACUUAUGCGGAGACUUGAUAACAGGAAUUCGCGCCCAUGCCCGCUUGACACCUGCCUAUAACCCAGAGUCUGCACUCAGCUUCCUGAACGGACCGUCACCACCGUCUAUGGUUCUUAUCGCAGAUGCAGAAAUCACUCGUCACAGAAAGGUUUGGGAACGAGUCAUAGAUCACAUGCGAAACGGGGCUGCAGUUGUGGUGGCAGGCUGUUUCAGCAGUAUGGUAACUACCGGUGAAUUCCAGCGUUUGUUCACGAUAGUUGGUGUACCCUGGCGAAGAGGAUCAUACCACAGGGCUGAUAUCAGCUUACAAACUCGGAUUAUUGAUGAGCAUUUGACCAGCUGCCUCCCAAAGAGCUUCAACGAAAAGUGCUCUUUUGUUGCGGACGUCAAGAAGCCAGAGGCCUGGUAUGUUGACGAGGAUACACCUGGUCAAGCUGCAGUAGCGUUCACCAAGGUUAAGUCUGGGCGACUAGGAUAUAUUGGAUCUGUGAACGUGGAACUAUCUAGUGUUCUGGUCGCUUGCGCUAUGUUUGGCCUUCCUUAG